AUACAUUCUCACAACAUUUUUGUUUUUCAUUUUCCUCUCUUCUUAAACUCCAGACUACUUUCAGAACAGACGAUUUGCCUUAUUUUCUCUCUCUUUCUCACUUUCUUUUUUAUUAUUAUUAAAUAAUAUUAUUUUAGCGUUGUGGGAUGAAAUGUCCGGUUAAAUCGACGCCCCUCGAGGGGAAAAAGUUCUCCAGUCCAACCUGACAACACUGCGUCUAGCGCCUUCGGUCUGGUGUUUCCUUCUUUCUUCGGUUUUCCUCCCGAAUAUCCUUCCAGAUCCCCCUCGCUUGUUAAGGGGACCGGAAAACUCUCAGACCUCAGAACUUGUUAAAUGUUAAGACCUUCGAAAGAUUGAAAGUGACGGACGACAUCUGAAAAGCACCCAGCCGAAUAAACAAUCCCUCAACACGAUAUUAACGAUUUUUGAAAGGAUUAUUCAUCUGAUUAUCCUUCAGAUGAAUAUGACCUCUUCAGAAAUAAUAUAGUAAGUGUGAAGCGUUAAUCAAUAAAGGGAUGCGUUUUUUUACAUCGUGGCCGAUAAGUUUUGCGGCCUGUUUGAUAAUAUCAACCCGUAAAAUAUGUUAAUUUUUUCUGUCUCGGCUUAGCGAAUCGUUAAUUGAUGAUAAAGGAUAAACUAGGCAGGGUUUUCCUGUGAAAUGCCACGACCCAAACGUCGUUCAAACUGUCUCUCCGCAGAAAUGGGACCGGACGAAGACGAAAGGCAUUUCAGCAAGCGGCUUCGGAACAUGGGACCAAGUGGGCGAAGGUUUUCCAAAUCUGAAGAUAAUUCAUCUUUCAGUCAGAAAAGAUGCUUAGCAUGGUUCAGAGAAUACACUUCUCCAGAUGACCCUGAACUAUUAGGGCCAGAAGGUAUGGAAAAGUUUUGUGAAGAUAUUGGUGUUGAACCAGAAAAUGUUGUAAUGUUGGUCCUAGCAUGGAAAAUGAAUGCACGUCAAAUGGGAUUUUUUACUAUGCAGGAAUGGCUCAAAGGCUUAUCUGAUAUUCAGUGUGAUACUAUUUUGAAAAUACAAACAAAACUGGAUUACCUCAGAUCAUUGUUAAAUGAUCAAACUACGUUUAAAAGUAUAUACAGAUACGCUUAUGAUUUUGCUAGAGAUAAAGAUCAGAGGAGCAUGGAUAUGGAAACCGCGAAAGCGAUGCUUCAGUUACUUCUUGGAAAACACUGGAGCUUAUUUAGUUCAUUUAGUUCGUUUCUAGAUCAUUCUAAGUACAAAGUAAUAAACAAAGACCAGUGGUGUAAUAUUCUAGAAUUUUCUCGUACAAUCAAUAUAGACUUGAGUAAUUACGAUGUGGAUGGGGCUUGGCCGGUGAUGUUGGACGAAUUCGUAGAUUGGUUAAAGAUGUCGAAAGGAGGAGAACAAAGAAGCUGAGGUCAAAAGUGUGUGGCAAUUCUGUCACUUGGAAAAUUGCUUAAGUCUUUUAAAUUCAUUUUGUAAAAUUCCCUUUUGAUUUUGGUUGAGGAUGGAAAAGUGUACUGUUAACAUCAUAUUUUAAAUACCUCUUCAACUUUUGAUUUGUAAUUAUAACGGUUUUGUUAAUUUAACUGACUAUAUUUCAGGCAAAUAUUUAAUGCAAAAUAAAUUAAUAGAUCUUUUGUACAAUCAAAUAGGGGGAAAAAAGGAUAAAAAAAUACUUUCGCUAGUUUUGUACGUUAUUUAUUAUAUUUUUAAUACAUGUCAUGUCGUUAACUUUCAUUUGUAUGGUAUAAACAUAAAUUAUUAGUUUAUAUCAAAUAAAUUCAUUAGAAAUGUAUAAAACACAGUGACCUUUAUUAAAAACAAAAAAAAUUAUAUAAUGUCCUGCUCAUUUAUCUAAAGGUCCAAUUACUUCCUACUGAUCAUUGAUUCAAUAAAGGCAUCUUGGUAUUCCAA